CAAUCAAAGAAACAAAUAUUUUACCAAUGUCAAAAACAAUCAAGGUUCCAACCUUACUAAUUCAUGGCGAAGAUGAUACUGUUGUUCCAAUUAAAGAAAGUGAACUUCUUGCUUGUGAAAUUCCUGACAACAAAUUUAUUUCGAUUCCCCAAGCUGGACAUAC